AUGGAACCCAUUAAAGUUCAGUCAGAAGGCGGACUGAAUGUGACCCUCACCAUCCGCCUCCUCAUGCACGGAAAGGAGGUUGGAAGCAUCAUCGGAAAGAAAGGAGAAACUGUAAAGAAGAUGCGUGAAGAGAGCGGUGCCCGUAUCAACAUUUCGGAGGGAAACUGUCCAGAGAGGAUCGUCACCAUCACCGGACCAACAGAUGCUAUUUUCAAGGCCUUUGCCAUGAUAGCCUACAAGUUUGAGGAGGACAUCAUCAACUCCAUGAGCAACAGCCCUGCCACCAGCAAACCCCCCGUCACCCUGAGGCUGGUGGUACCAGCCAGUCAGUGCGGCUCCCUCAUUGGCAAAGGAGGCUCCAAAAUCAAAGAAAUGAGAGAGUCCACAGGAGCUCAGGUCCAGGUGGCGGGUGACAUGCUUCCUAAUUCCACUGAGAGAGCAGUGACCAUCUCCGGGGCCCCGGAGGCCAUCAUCCAAUGUGUCAAACAGAUAUGUGUGGUGAUGCUGGAGUCUCCACCGAAAGGUGCCACCAUCCCCUACCGCCCCAAGCCUGCCUCCACCCCUGUCAUUUUUUCAGGUGGCCAGGUAAGAGCCGACCCGCUGGGGGCGUCCACAGCCAACCUCAGCCUCUUACUGCAGCACCAGCCACUGCCUGCUUACACCAUCCAAGGACAGUACGCCAUCCCACAUCCAGAUUUGAGCAAGCUCCACCAGUUGGCUAUGCAGCAAACCCCCUUUACCCCCCUCGGACAGACCACCCCUGCUUUCCCCGGUACUCUGGAUGCCGGUAACCAGGCCAGUACUCAUGAACUCACCAUUCCCAAUGAUCUAAUAGGCUGCAUAAUCGGGCGCCAGGGAACCAAAAUCAACGAGAUCCGUCAGAUGUCUGGGGCGCAGAUCAAAAUUGCUAAUGCCAUGGAAGGGUCAUCGGAGCGCCAGAUCACCAUCACAGGGACCCCCGCCAACAUCAGCCUCGCCCAGUACCUCAUUAACGCAAGGUUCAGAGACGUGGCGGCCAUGUGGAAUGACCCAUCUUCCAUGACCACAUCCUGA